AUGACGCCGCCUCCUCUUCCUCCUGCGAACCCCGACGAGCACCAGUACUGGACCGAUCCUAUCCUGCGCGAGGAAACUCGGUCCAGACUUGAGCAUUUCCGAAAUCUGAGAUGGCUCCCCCCUAACUACAAGCCCAAGACACUUGAAGGUCUUGCAGUUAACAACGGUACUGGUGAAGGCACAUAUUGUGCACAUUUGAACGAGGACUACGUGGAAUAUCUACUCUCAGAAGAUAAAGCCAUCUAUAUGAACUUUCUUGACUGGAUGUCAAGGAUCUCGUGCGAGAAAAGACUUCAGACCUAUGAUGAAUAUUGGCGGCGCUUGUGCCAAUACUUUGGUUUGUUUGCCCGCCGGCCUGUAAAUCAUCAUGAGCAGAUGCGACGAUACCUUGAACAAGUUUUUCCGGCAGAGCGCAAGAUCAGUAGGUGCGCAAAAAAGAAAAGCACGCUGGACAUAGAUGAUUUCUGCGUCCAUUUACGCCAUCACUGGGUCCAUUCUUCUUUCUUCCGCCAUGGGAGCAUGAUCAUCCAGCAAGCUGUGAUCAUGCUUUGGUCUUCCAUCACAGGGGCUCGACCAGGCGUGCUACUUCCGCAGCGAGAUGCUACAAACAAUCCCAAUGCAUCGCAAGAUGGCUCGUUUUCGCUCGGUCCAAGAAAGCGCAAGCGGGGUGAUUCAUUUAAGAGUGACCUUCCUCAACAGAUUUCGUCCGACGACCUUCCCAAUACUAUAUGUUACAGUGAUAUCGAGCUCUUUUACCUCAGAGACCCAGAUGGUGGUCGGGAUGUUCUCUGUGCCAUCAUUGAAUUUUGUAAUCUUAAGGGCCGGCCAGAGGGUGCUGACAGGACGAAGUUCUUCGUGCAUGGAGAUUAUCAAUUGGCAUACUGUCCAAUCGCUCAAAUUGUGUCACUGGCCUUCCGCGAUGAUACUUUCAAAAACGAGCUGACCCCGGAGUUGAUCUAA